ACGAAUUAUUCAAUGGACUGAAAUCAUGUCCGACUCAAACAGUCAGACACGCGAGGGAAACACUUCGUUCCUUAUAGAGUUUAGUUUCCCUGAGAGGCAGGUCCGUUAACCGCCGUGCACAUUUUACCGGGGGUCGGACUCGUUCAUGGCACCGGCGUCACCGGCAGCACUCCCCGUGUCCUCUCGGUGUUGUCAUAAUGUCGCUGUGGCUGAGGUCGUGUCAGCGGUGUCAGCCGACACGUGUCCCGCGUCCCGGCGGGGGGAACCGGAGGGGGGCACUGCGGCUGGACGCCGCCGGUAGGAGAAGCUGCUCCACGGCUCAGGGUCCGGUCCAGGCGGAGGUCAGGGUCCGGUUCGCCCCGAGUCCCACAGGCUUCUUGCACCUGGGAGGCCUACGCACGGCUCUCUACAACUACAUCUUUGCAAAGAAGUACGGUGGCGCGUUCAUCCUGCGGCUGGAGGACACCGAUCAGAGCAGACUCGUCCCGGGGGCGGCGGAGUCCAUCGAGGACAUGCUGGAGUGGGCCGGUAUACCUCCAGAUGAGAGUCCUCGUCGAGGGGGACCCGUGGGCCCAUAUCUGCAGUCUCAGAGGUUAGACCUGUACCGUCAGACUGCCCAGCAGCUCGUCGAGAGCGGUCACGCCUACUGCUGUUUCUGCAGCGCACAGAGACUGGAACUCCUCAAGAAAGAGGCUUUGAGGAGCGGACAGACUCCAAGGUACGACAACAGGUGUCGCCACCUCCGGGCCGACCAGGUCCACGAGAAGCUGGCUCGGGGAGCGCCGCACGUGAUCAGAUUUCGCCUGGAGGCCGGCAUCGAGCCUUUCCAGGACCUGAUUUUUGGGUGGAAUCGUCACGAGGUGGCUCAGGUGGAGGGAGACCCUGUGGUGAUCAAGGCAGACGGUUUCCCCACCUACCACCUGGCUAACAUAGUGGACGAUCAUCACAUGAGGGUCAGCCACGUUCUGCGCGGCUCCGAGUGGCUCAUCUCCACCGCCAAACAUCUUCUCAUGUACCGAGCUCUGGGGUGGAAACCACCCACCUUUGGUCACCUGCCGCUGCUGAUGAACAAAGACGGCAGUAAACUGUCCAAGAGGCAGGGCGACAUAUUCGUCCAGAGCUUCCAGAGAGACGGGGUCCUGCCGGACGCUCUGCUGGACAUCACCACCAACUGUGGGUCGGGAUUCAACACCAAUCGAAUGGGGAGGAGGAUUGAUGAGCUGAUCUCCGAGUUCAAUCCCUCAAAGAUCACAACUCACUCUGCUUUGUUAGACCUGGAAAAACUACCAGAAUUCAACAGAAUCCACCUGCAGCUGCGGAUUGAAGAUGAGGAUCAGUGCACUUUGCUGGUGAAAGAUCUGCAGGAGCGGAUCCAGCAGGUCUACGAGGAAGAGAUCCAGGACGAGGAUUAUAUCAGACGGGUGCUGCAUCUUCGUAAGGGUCACAUAUCCUCCCUGCAGGAGCUUGUAAGUCCCAACUAUUCUUACCUGUGGGUGCGUCCUUCCAUCUCCAGCCAGCAGGUGGCAGCACUCACAGCAGAAGCCCAGCACAUCGCCUCUCUAGUGCUGAAACUGAUGGAAGUGCAAGGUGAGCAGCUGACGCUGGAUCAGCUCAGUAAAGAUCUGAAGCGUUUGUCCAAACAGACCAAAGCCACAAAGUACAGAGACGUGAUGAAGCUCCUGCGUCUAGCUCUCAGCGGUCUGCAGCAAGGUCCCAGUGUGGCGGAGAUGAUGGUGUCUCUGGGGCCUGCGGAGAUCAGCCAUCGAUUCCAGAAGCUUCUGCUGCUCGAGCGGACCAGCUGAUGUGAACCUGGAAAUAAGAGUGUGUUGACACACGAUUCUUAACUGGGACACAUUUCAAAAUGAACUGCAGUCCCCACUGGGUAGUCGUACUUGAAUUAUUAUAAAUAUUUGUAAUGAUAUUUAA